GCUGUUAUUCUGAUAGACUCUAAGCCCUGUGAGGGCAUAGACUAAUUUAGUUUCAUACUGUAUCCAGUGCCUGUCUCUUUGCAGGUGCUCUCAAAAUAUUUGUUGGAUGAAUAGAUGAUUAAAGGAGUGAGUGAAUGAGUGAAAAUGAUACUAAUUAGGAGAAAAUGAGAGACUGAGUGAAACUUUGUGGUAGAGAUGGUGAAGAGGGGGGCAGAUGGGAGAGAUGUUUUAGGGAAAUAAUUAGAUUUUCUUAUUUGAUUGACUAUAGGACAAGAAGGAACAGAAGGUGAUGCUAGGGUUUUAAAUCAGGGCAAUUACAAGGAGGGUAAUGCUGUCAGUUCAGCUUAAUUCAGUAGACAUUUCCUUAGCAAGCCAAGUAAAUAUCAAGAUUUAGUGGAGGGCACCUGGAUGACUAUACUGUAUUUGAGGCAGUUGGAUGUUGGAAAAGAGAGUUUGAUGCUUUGAGGAAAGAUGUCAUUUGUCAGAGUGAACCGUUACAGUCCCAGGGGAGGAGGAAGAAAAGCACUGAAAGUGAAGAAGAAGAAAUCUUCAGUGAAGCAAGAAUGGGAUAAUACUGUUAAUGAUCUAACAGUCCAUCGGGCAACUCCUGAAGAUCUGGUACGUCGUCAUGAAAUACACAAAUCAAAGAAUAGAGCAUUGGUACAUUGGGAACUUCAAGAAAAAGCUUUGAAGAAAAAAUGGAGGAAACAGAAACCAGAAGCUUCUAAUCUUGAGAAAAAGAGAUUGGCUCUCAUGAAGGAGAUUCUUUCUGAUCAAUACCAGACGCAGGAUGUAUUGGAAAGAUCUGAUCAUUUGAUGGCUGCGGCAAAAGGUCCAUUUGUUGAUUUUCCUCGUAGGCGCACAGGGUUUCCAAAUGUAACAGUAGCUCCUGAUUCCUCUCAGGGUCCCAUUGUGGCAAAUCAAGACCCUGUCACCCAGUCCAUCCUUUGUGAAUCUGCUGUAGACCCUCAGGCUCUCAAUGAAGUAGAAGAUGAAGGAGAAGAAGGAACUGUUGACAGCCAGUCAGAAGAAAGUGAAAAUGAGUUGGAUAGCUCUCUAAACUCGCAGUUGAAUACAAACACAGAAAGGUUUCUCCAGCAACUAAAGGAAGAGAAUUCUGAGUUAAUUAAUAAACUGUGGAUUGAUGUUCAGCAAAAAAUAGCAACACAGUCACAAACAGCAACCCCUCCAGGAAGUCCAUCAUGUACCACUCCAUUAGGGGAACAAAAAGCUGCUUUGAAUGCUACUAAUGCUGUCAAGGGAAUCUACGCCAAGCUUCAGCCUGAAGAAUCUAAUGAGACUCUAGACUCAAGCUAUGUUGUGGGACAAGUGCUGAACUCAAGGAAACAAAAACAGCUGUUAAGUAAAGUGAAAAGAAAACCAGAUUUGUGUGCUCCUUCCAAGCAGAAGAAAACCAUGUUAUCAGCUAGCACAACCUCUGCAGACUUACAAAGCAAUAAUUCCAGUCUGGAUGUCCUCAAACACAUGAUACACGAAGUGGAACACGAGAUGGAAGAAUAUGAGCGGUGGACAGGACGGGAGGUCAUAGGGCUGCAGAACAGUCAGGGGCUCACAGGCUUCACUUUGUCCCUGGUGAGCAGCCUUUGUCGCCUGGUUCGCUACCUUAAAGAGAGUGAGCUGCAACUGCGUAAAGAAGUAGAGACAAGGCAGCAAUUGGAACAAGUAUUAGGUGAUCAUCGAGAGCUUAUUGAUGCUCUGACAGCUGAAAUUAUUCUUCUUAGGGAAGAAAAUACUACUAUACAGGCAAGACUUCAGCAGUACAUGGUCACAACAGAUGAACAACUUAUAUCACUCACACAUGCCAUUAAGAAUUGUCCUGUGAUAAAUAACAACAGAGAAGAAAGUCAGGCAUUGGAAAGGGGAGUCACAAGUAGAAGAAUUAUGGACAAUCCAGAGGGUCCAGUUGUAAAUGCUAAUGUCUCCGUGCCAUUGAUGUUCAGAGGGGAAGAAGUGGUUGAUUUUCCACGGGAAGAGUUGCCUGUUAAACUGUCUCAGGUGCCAACCCCCCCAGAUAGUGUGAAUGUGGCCAACACCUUUCCCGCACAUAUAUUUGAGCCUGCUGUGUUGUUAACACCACCCAGGCAGAAGAGCAAAUCGGAAUUCUCUCCUCUGCAGGAUGUAUUGAGGAGGACUGUUCAGACGCGUCCUGCGCCACGCAUUCCUCCAACUGUGGAAAUAAUUGAAAAAGAACAAAAUUGGGAAAAGAAGACUUUACCCACUGGUACAGACAACCAGAAUUCAAGCGAAGAGAGUCGUCUCUUCACUCAGAGGUGGAGGGUUUCCCACAUGGGAGAAGAUUUGGAGAACAAUAGUUCUUUGGUUAACCUAUCACAGCCCCUCUGCAAUUCUCUUUCAAAUACUCAGCAAUUGAGAAACCCCAUGUUCUCAGAAGAGCCUCCAGUACUGGGAGAUGGGCAACAGCUUAAAACAAAUGAGACAUUAAUACAAAGAAAAGAUAUCUUGGCACAAAUUGCUGAGUUGACACUGCAGAAUUCCGCUAUUAAGGCACAUCUGAACGAUAUUAUUGGCUCAGCGGGAGAGCAAGGGGAUGGACCUCGGGAAUUAAACAAACAGGAAAGUGCAAGCAACAUGACUGCUACUUUUUCGGCAUCGCAACCUCUAGCACCAAGUAGCAUGGAGGAACGGAUCGCAGAAUUGAAUCGACAGAGCAUGGAGGCUCGUGGAAAACUACUGCAGUUGAUAGAGCAGCAGAAACUUGCCUGUUUGAAUCCUUCCUCUCCACCAGUAUCACCUAUUCAGUCACCUCUCAGAGCAUGGACUGAAGGAGGAAAGAGGACAAUUGAGGUAUCUAUUCCGGGUGCAGAAAUCCCAGAAAACUCAAAAUGCAGCACUGUUUCUCCUACUAGUCGGAUAAAUACAAGAAGAUCUUCAGGGGCUGCUAGUAAUUCCUGUUCUCCAUUAAACACCACCUCAGGAAGUGGACAGUUUAUGCCUCUUAAUCAAAGAGCAAAGAUCGAGAAGCAGAAAGAAGAAGGCUGGUUUGCCCUUUCUACCCACGUAUCAUAAGUGAACUUGUGUUUUAUAGUUUGUUCUCAAUAAUUUUUUCUUGAGCUUCUACUCUGCUUUCCCUGCUUCUACUUUCAAGUUAUGUCCUUCUGUCGAUAAAACCUAUGAAGAUCCUGUAAAUUAGUAUUAAUAGAACAAAGAAAUAAAGCACUUAUUUUAAUUAUUGACCUUUACAAAUAGGUUUCCAACAAAUAACCAAUGCAUACCCACUGUAAAUAAAAUUUGACUGUAGAGAAAUUAAAGUUUUACACUCAAAUAAUUUCAUGGAUUAUUUUAAUUUUUCCCAGCAAUACAUUUUUACUUUUAUCAUCUUUAUUCAGGAUUUCAAAAAAUCUGUAUAUUGUAUCUUAAAUGUUGACCUGUUUCAUUUUUGUUUCACUUUGUUUUCUGAAGAACUGUGUUACUUUGCAUAUAAAAUAACAAAAUGCCUCUGGGUGAGUAGAGUGUGACUUUCAGGAAGACUUAACACCCUCUUUUGGUUUCUUUUUUGGUGGACAGUAACUGCUAUCUAUUACUUUUUCCAUCAAGUGGAAAGUACAGCUUUAGAAAAUGAGCAUGGGGGUGUUUGUAUGUAUUUGCUUAAACAGGUAAAUGUAUAUAUUAUAAAAUUCUUAUAGGUUUUUAAAUAUUAAAAUAUCGUCAGUGAUGGUAAUGGGCAUCAAAUAAAUAAUGAU